AUGUCGGCUCCACAACAUUCUGGCCCUGGAGAGGGCUCCGCCUAUACAUGGAUCCUCGACCACAUUAUGUCUUAUCCUGAGAGCUACGAGAUUCCUCUGAGAACCAUGUACACUCUCAAUUGCGUGCCUCGCGCACAGCCUUUGCCUCAUCAGCUCAAGAACGGCGGCUCGCAACCUGUGUCUUCAGGAACGUCGACCAAAUCCUCCUCUCCUACGUCGGCGACUUUCCCCGUGGAUCAACUUCAUGGCGCACAGGCGGCUGGCCUCGAGUUCAAGUCUGCGCUCAUGACACAUAUUGCUCGAUUGCCCUGCCAGCCAUGCUCGCUUCCCCCGAGCUUCAUUACGCAGUUUCUCCGACGAUGCUUUCCUGCCGAGCUUGACAUGGUUGAUUUCCCGCAGGCGAUGACGGCUUUGGAUUAUUUAAAGGACCUCGAAACUAGACGCCGUAAAGAAAUUGCGGCCGCGCUUGCGCGCUUGGGUGUCGAUCGCAAGACCUACGCCACCGAGGCAGAGCUGGCGCAAAGAUACCCCGGAGUUGUCGCGUGGAUCAAGUCCAUUGAGGACAAGGAGAGAAGAAUCGAGGCUUUGUACACCCAGCUUUACAUUGGCCUCCGCCGUUGGGCCCUCAUUAAUGAAAUGUCGCUCGAACCAUUUAACAAGCACAAUUGCGUUGCUAUGCUCAACACACUUUAUCCCCCUUCGAGCAACUCUCAGCCCACCUCGCAAUUAACGCCCACCGUCCUAAACUCGCAACGCGGUGGAUUCUUCCGAUAUAUUCAGGGGGUUGAAAAGAAUGGCCCCAAAAUCCUCGAGACUCUCAUGCAACAAGGCCGUCGGCCCGGCGAGGCAAACGGCUGGCCUGCCGUGAGAGAUACGCUUGACAUGUAUCUGCGCACCACGAAUGGCGUCAUUGAAGAAUGCUCUGAAGUUAGUGGCGUCGAGGUCUUUGCGCCUGAGGAGACUGACGAAAAACGCAAAGGCCGCAAGGUCGACUCUGGAGUGAGCUUUGCAACCGACGAUCGCCCGUCGACGAGCAGCAGCUAUUCGGGCCGGGACAAGCCCCUUCCGCCCUCCCCACCAAUCCAUGGAUCCCCCAAAGGCGGAAGCACGCUUGAGAAAAUAGCGCGAGAGUUCCGUAAGAUGAAGUCUCGGAACAAGGCCGAGGACGCGGCCAAGGAUGAGAGGCCCAAGUCCAGAGGCCUCAGAUCGAUGAAGUCCAUUGGCACAUUGAGUGAUCUCAAGGAGAGGAACAUGAGCUCCCCAUCGUUCGCCAGUUCUAGUAACCGCCAACCGCCGGCAUUCGAUGUCGAGGCAAUGCAACGCCAGAGGAUGAUGUGGGAAGCAGCACACAACAAGAGUCGCAACCAUUCCAACGCGAGCAACGAGAUAUAAUACGAUCGUGCUUCGCCUUGACCCAUUUGAUGCAGACACCAUUUUCUACGAUCUUUAUGAUGUCUUCUCACGUUCAUUUAACUAGAAAUUUCCUGUCCUUCUUUUUUACGAUCUUCUUUUUCAAUUUUGCCUCCAGCGUCGCAGCGACAGACGCAUCACGAUCCUUACUAUGAUAUGACUCACGCUCCUUCUACUUUACCGUUGUGUCGGUUUCUUUCCGCCUUUUAUUGUUUCAUGUACCUAUUGUUCUGCG